CCUCAGCUUCAGCACAAGUAUGUAUGAGCGUCACACCAUCUGGUCAACGGCAAUGUUUGGCUUCUUUAUCAUAAUCAACGGCGUUGGUUUCAACCAAACCACCUGGCAGAGGUUCGCUUCUGUGAGAACGCUUCAAAUAUCACAAAGGAUGGUCAUAAGCUUCUUGGUAGGACUGUGGGCAUUAUGGAUUGUGUUCUACUUCUCGGGACUUGUCGCCUAUGCCACCUACAGCGAGUGUGAUCCGUUCGCCUCCGGAAAAAUUGACAAACUUGAUCAGAUUAUACCAUUCUUGGUGACGGACAAGCUGAAUCACUUGACGGGGUUGGCCGGGAUCUUCGUGGCGGCCGUUUACGGCGGCGUCCUCAGCACACUGUCGUCAUGCGGUAACUCAGUUGCGUGUAUAAUCUGGGAGGACUUCCUGAAGGAGCGGCCUUACUUCAGCAGCCUCAGUGAUGCCAGUGCCACUAACGUCGUCAAGCUCCUCUGUGAGUACUUUUCCUUUAUGGUUUUAUUUACCUGA